AUGUUGAAGUUCGAAGGGCCGAGGGUGACCUACUGGAGGCCGACGUCCUUGCCUCAUCUGCUGCGCCUCAAGUGCCACCAUCCCGAGGCCAAGCUGGUAGUGGGCAACACUGAAGUGGGUGUCGAAGUGGCCUUUAAGAACCAGACGUAUCCCGUGCUGAUCAACCCCUGCUGGGUCCCUGAGCUCAGCGCCGUCAAAUACAUGGAAUCAGGGGUAGCGUUGGGAGCAGCUGUGAAUCUGUCUCGGGUUCAGGAGAUUUUGAAAAAGCAGGUGUUGACGCAGCCAGAGUGGAAGACGCGCACUUUCUCUGCCUUCUUAGAGAUUCUCAGGUGGUUUGCUGGACAGCAGAUCAGAAAUGUUGCUAGUUUCGGAGGCAAUAUAAUGACAAGUUCGCCAAUCAGUGACCUAAACCCCGUCUUAAUGGUAUCUGGAGCAACUCUUACUUUCUUAAGUCAUGAACAUGGCGAACGCAGACUCGUAAUGGAACAGAAUUUCUUCACCGGUUACCGAAAGACCAUUGCCAAGCCCUCUGAAGUACUUAUAAGUGUCCAUCUUCCUUACUCCCAAGAGGACGAGUAUGUACAAGCCUACAAACAAUCCCGAAGGCGUGAGGACGACAUUGCCAUAGUCAACGGUGCGAUGAGAGUGAGGUUCGUGUCGGGAACAAGCCGAGUGGCGGAUCUGCGAGUGGCGUUCGGCGGAAUGGCGGCUACGACCGUUAUGGCGGUUAAAACGGCCAAGGAACUGAUUGGCUGCGAGUGGGACGAAGCGUUGCUGGAAAGAGCCAUGGCACUGCUGCUGGAGGACCUCCCCCUGGAUGCCUCCGCCCCCGGGGGGAUGGUGGAAUACCGCCGUACCCUCACCCUCAGCCUCUUCUUCAAAUUCUACCUAAACGCUCGAAAAUGGCUCUCCACUCGGGUGCCGGCGUUGGUAGUGCCACUCAGUGCCGACGAGGAGAGUGCCAUCGCCCCCUGCCAUCGCCCUCCCUUCGCCAGCACACAGACCUUCCAGCAGGUCGAAGGCAACGACAAGCGCCACCAUCCCGUGGGUCGUCCGCUGGUCCACGCCUCGGCCUACAAGCAAGCAACCGGAGAAGCGGUUUACGUGGACGACAUGCCGCGGGUCGAGAGGGAGCUCUUCGCCGCCCUCGUCGUCUCCUCGCGCGCCCACGCCAGGAUACUGGGGAUCGAUGAGACGCCGGCGCUCAGGGAGGAGGGCGUGGAGGCCUUCUUCUGCGCCAGGGAUAUCUCGCAGGAGAGGAACCAGAUGGGCACCUUCGAAUCUGACGAGGAGGUGUUUGCGAGCGAAAAGGUGACUUGCAUUGGCCAGGUAUUGGGCGUCGUGGUGGCCACCGACCCGGCCGUUGCUCGCAGGGCCGCUAAGCUCGUGCGCGUCGACUACCAGGACCUGGAGCCUCCCGUUGUUACUAUUGAGGACGCCAUCAGGAAGGAAUCGUGGUGGGGCCCUUGGACGAUCGCCAAAGGAAACCUCGCCCUUGGAUUCGCUUCUGCCGCCCACGUCAUCGAGGGGGAGAUGCGGACGGGCGGGCAGGAACACUUCUACCUGGAGCCCAACGCCCACAUCUUCGUGCCCAAGGGCGAGGACGGCGAGAUGGACGUGUUCUCGAGCUCGCAGAUCCCCUCGGAGAUGCAGCAGAUGGUGGCUCGGGUCGUGGGCGUCUCGAGGAACCGGGUCGUGGUGCGGGUGAAGCGUCUCGGAGGAGGCUUCGGCGGCAAGGAGUCUCGGAUCCUGGGCGUCGCUGCUCCUGCGGCCUUUGCGGCGGCGAGACUGAGCCGACCGGUGCGGAUAACCUUGGACCGCCACGAGGACAUGCUCAUCACCGGAGGCCGACAUCCUUUCCUGUGUCGGUGGCGAGCGGGAGUCACGACCAAGGGCGUCUUCACUGCCCUCGACGUCAGGUCCUCCAACUGUCUCCCGUUCCCAGGACCUGUCUCCUACCGUCAUGCAGAAGGCAACAUAGUGUGCAGAAAUUUAACAAGUAAUGAGAUCUCUAUUGAACUUAUAAUGAAUGCAACGAUCCCACCGACUAAUUUUAUGUCCCAGGGUAAAACUACGUACAAGAGAUACGAGAGCUUUAGCCCAUCAACAUACUAUACAACCCAAGUUGCGGAGAUGAAUAUGCGUUCGACGCGAGUGCCUGAACCAGGCGAGGCGGCCGCUAGUGCAGGUGUACUUGGAUGCUUCUGUGCUGCUGACCCACGGGAGCGUUCGGAUGGGCCAGGGUCCUGCACACCAAGGAUCCUAACAGUUCCACAGAUCGCAGCUCAGGUUCUCAACAUCCCCAUUGAAAACAUUCACAUCAUGGACACAGCAACAGACAAAGUACCCAACACAUCUCCAACGGCUGCUUCGAUCUCCACUGACGUCAACGGAAUGGCGGUCAUGAACGCGUGCGAGGAGCUGAAGGCACGCCUGAAACCCUUCGUCAAGAGAGACCCAGCAGGUACGUGGAAGACCUGGGUGAGGGCAGCCUACAACGAGCGAGUGUCUCUUUCUGCCACGGGAUUCCAUCGCAUAGAGGAAGUGACCGAUUUCGACUUCGACACGAUGUCAGGUCAACCCUUUCACUACUACUGCAACGGCGCUGCGGUCACGGAGGUGGAGGUGGACUGUCUCACCGGCGAUCACACAAUCCUGCGCACGGACAUCGUGAUGGACGUGGGCCAGUCCCUGAACCCCGGGCUCGACGUCGGCCAAGUGGAGGGCGCCUUCGUGCAGGGCGUCGGUCUCGUCACCCUGGAGGAGCUCAGGUACUCCCCCGAGGGCUCGCUGCUCACGCGGGGCCCCGGCGCUUAUAAAGAUCCCAGAUCCCAGGUGAGUCGCCAGGGGGAGGGGGGGUCCCAGGUGAGUCCGCCAGGGGGGUCUCGUCACCUGGAGGAGCUCAGGUACUCCCCGAGGGCUCGCUGCUCACGCGGGGGCCCGGCGCUUAUAAGAUCCCAGUGUCAGGGAGUCGACCAGGGGUUCGUCAGCCUGGAGAGCUCAGCAAAGGGAUUCCUGCUGCCAAUGCCCACCAACGAAGAAGAAAAUGCUAUAAUACAACCAGAUCAGAACAUUGAAUAUUUCCGAAUCUGCAUUUUCCGGCCACAAUUUUUCGGGGAAACUUGGGAGAUCGAUCUUGCGUCGAAGGAAAUUUGCGCCGGAGGUCUCGCGUAG